AUGGGGGUUAGGCAGAGGAAUUCGCCACCGAGCCCACCGCUCGUGUCAGCUCUGCCGCCGAAGCGCCCAAGGACUCCGGGAGAUGACCCCGGCCAUGGAAAACGUCCCCGAAACGGGUGUGGCGAUCGAAACGGUAGGGGGGGGGGGGGGGGAGCUCCGCAGUGACCUCAGGAGUGGUUUGAUCUCUUCGUCGUGGUAAGGACGAGGGAGGACCUUGUUAGGCGUAGCCCCCUCACCCCGGGGUAAUAACCCGCAAGAUGAAAAGAGGCAAUUUCGUUGGGCGCCUUGUUCUGUUCGAUGUUUUUUUGUGUUUGCCCAAGGCGUUCGACUGAAUCGAUGGUCUUGCUGUUUUGUGUCUGUUGCGUGCUUUUGUUUCUUUUAUUUUUUCUGUAUGGGAGAGGGUAACCACCUGCCUACAACCUGUCUUUGCGUGCGUAUGAUUAUUGUGUGUCCGUGGACGGCUUUGUUGAGCGUUUAGUUCCAGUGCUGCUGCUGAUCGAUACGACCACGCUUGGCUGAUGCCACGGUAGCGGGUUGUGGCUGAAAUCUUCCCGCCCUUUUGGGAGAAGGCAAGUGGCGGUGGUUCUGUUCCGCUCCUCUUCCGCCGACAUAGGAAGCGGCCAACAGGUUCACGUAGAGGCGUGUCUCCCUACCCGACAAUGUGAGAUGAGGUGACCCCUCUACCUACCGCAUCAUCAUCACAUCACUGGCUUGCUGGCAAGGUUGUGGGCAUACGGGAUUCCUUCUUCUGUGGUGACCUUCCGAACCUCGUGGGGGUGACCGGGUGUUGCGGAUGACGCAAGAUCACUCUAGUCAAGCAGUUUCCUGGUUGUGACUAAAUAGGUGUUGCAAAUGACGCGAGUUCAUUUUUAGCCAACCUACUAUCAUGAGAAGUAAUCAAGGGAGUUUCAUGCGUGCAGGUGGUUAGGCGUUUCUGCUUCCUUGCGUCGAUCGCUUUUUCUCGGAAGUUUUCGAUCCAUUUUUGGUCUGUGUCGUUGGUGUUGGUUGGUGGGUGAGGUGAAAUGAAGCGUACGCGUGUGUGUGUUCGCGCUGAGACAAGCGGGGCGACAAGUUUUGAAUGGAAGACUACAUACAUACU